AAGCAGUGUAACAAGCAUAGGAAAAAAUACACGGUUUUACUCUAAGCUGUGCUUCUUUUAUUUUGGAGGUACCAAAAGGCCUCACACAAUCGUCCAGACAGUUUCCGGAAGAACUGCGAAGGAGGGUCCGCGCGUGCAUCGCAAUUACAUUGUAUUAUAAUGGCUAGCAGGAGAUAGAAAGUUAGAAACAAGUAAACGUUUUCACUUUCUCUUGUGUUAAUGUCCCAUAUCUUCCAGGCACAGCUCAUCCCAUGCGAGAAGUCAUUUGAAGUGAAGUAUGGCUUUUGAGUCUACAUCUGAGACAGCUCUUGCUCAGGCUUUGAUGCUAGAAACAGUUUGGUUGAAGCAAGAAUAUGUGGAAGAGGCAGAGGCAGCCUUCCAGCAGAUGUCUUUACAUGAUGACAAAGCAGAAACAAAUGAGCAGGACAAGUAUGAAACUUCCCCUCUCCUCCUGGAACAUGUCUGGCUCAUGCAGCAGACGUACGAGAAUGCCGAGGCCUGGUGUCAGAAAGUUGCUGUUGGAACCGCAGAUUUCAGUUCAUUGAAGUUGGAUCCCGUUCCUGGGACGCCUACCAAACGUACACACAUUCAGGAUGACUUAUCUAAAUCCAAAAAGCUGAGAGCUGAGGGUAGUGCAGAGUCAUGGGAGAAAAAGCUUCAUGAAGAGAUGUCAACCUUGGGAAAGAGUGCGAAAAACAUUCACAAGCAUCUUGAUGAAUUUCAAAAGACCCAACAAAGAAAGGCCCAAGCCAUCCAGGACACCGUGAUGCGCUUGAAUAAUGCUAUUGAAGCCUGUCAGAACCGACUGAGUGAAGAACUGUCCCAAAGCUCAUCCCAGAUUGCUUGGUUCAGAACACUUCUUCAGGACGUUGACUCUGUCAUUUCUAAGACAAAUGAGAAUUUGCAAGGAUCUAACUGGGGACAGAGCAAGCAUCUUGCCUCUUUCUGCCAAACUAUGGCAGACCGAAUGUCCAAGAUUGACAGCAACUUAAAUAAGUGCAUUGAAUCAUGCAGUGGAUUGCAAGCGGAGGUGCCCAAAUCAGAAAUAAAUCGGAUUGUUGGAGAGAUUGGAAAGCUGUCUUUGUUUAAAAAGAAACAAGGGACUGAGAAGUUUGGACAGAAGCAGGAGUUGGUGUCAAAAAUGCUGAAGGAGUUGAUGAGGGACCGACAUGAGCUGGAUUUGGUUCGACCUUCUGAUUCCUCUGAUAGUAGUAUGGAAGGAAAUGUUAGUAGCUCGUUCUCCACUCCAGAUUCUGACAGUGAGAAAGAUUCAAACAAGAAAAAAGCUCAAAAGAUGAAGAAGGAUAAGAGGAGCAAGAACCUGCAGAAAAGUUCGACCCACCUAUCUGUCACUGGAAACAGGAACAAUAACAAUGUGGCAACAACAACAAAAUCUCAGUCAAAGCAAAACAAAAGACUCAAAUCUGCUCCCAAUGGCCAAAAAAUGAAUGGAAACCAGGGGAGUGUGUCCACGCCAAAGAAGAGAAAUGCACAAGGCUCCCAAAGCGCAGCGCAGAAAAAGCAAGACGUCUUCAAGUUCAAGGGGAGUUCCCAGGCCACCAAGUCCCCAUUCUUUCAUCAGCCUGGAAUACUAGGGCCAAGACCAAAUGCUUUUGGCCAGGGGGACUUGCCUCAGCACGGGUCUUUCAGGUUUCAAAAUUUCAACAGUUUAGGCCAAGGUCCUCAUUCUGUUGGGAAUAUAAGUGGCAUCCACUCUUUGCCCGGGAGUGGAUACCCGCAUCUGGCAGGUGCUGGGAACUUCAGCUUCUCUGGGUUGCAGCAAAAUGUGGGCCUUGAUGUUGGCUUACAGGGUCAGAGUAUGAAUUUUAGUAUGUCUGAAGGUAGGGAUUUUGAUCGUGGGUAUGGUAACCAUCUGAAGCAGUCUAAACUUUUCCAGAUGCAAGAAAAUCAGGGCAGAGAUUCAGGGUUUGGGUAUGCUUAUGGUCAUGGACUGUCGGGCCGGGCUGCGUUUGGCGGGAACGUGGAGCAACAGUUGAACGACAUCGCCCAGAAGCUGCGUCAGAUGCAGCUCGUGGCCACCCAGGACUACCAGCUUCAGCAGCUCAUGCAGGAGACGCAGCGGCUCAAGCAGAUCCUGGCCCAGAAGCAGCACCCGCAGCAUCAGCACCGCGACCACUUCCAGCAGCAGUUUCAGGUGCUGAUCAACGCUUUCCUGCAGCAGCAGCAGAUGCAGGCCCAGCAGCAGCCACAGCCCAAGAUGGCCAAGUCCAUGCCGUCCCACCAGCAGCGCAUGUUCCACAACCGGCAGCACCACCUGCACCAGCAGCAGAAGAAGCAAAAGCAACAGCAAAAUAAGUUUCAGGCUGUCAGGCAGGAGGUUCGGAGCAAGCAGGAGGCGACGCAGAAUCAAAUUCAGGGUCAGAGAAAAGGAGGAACAGUAGCCUCCGAGAAAAAAGGGAAGCAAGAUUCUGCCACUAACUCAGGUAGCGGGGUAAGGAGUGGGCCGAGAAAGCUGCCAAAUAAAAAUUCAAAACUUGUCAGAAUCGGGAUGUUCAACCCUUUUGCCCAGGGUGACAAGCACCGCGCGAGUGUGAGCUCUAUGGUCGUGCUGGAAGAGAUCGGCUGCUUGGUGGUUGUGGACAUCAUCAACAGUUGUCUAAAGCUCUAUGAUGUCAGCGACGACGGUUCCUCUAGCAGUAGCCUCAACCAUCGUCUAGUGACGCGACUCGAGCUACCCCGACCAUACCACAUGACACAGCUCGCCCCCGAUAAGAUCGUCAUCAGCCGAGCUGGGAACACCCUCAGUGUGGUCAAGGUCUCCAAGCGAAGGCUUGAAUUUCUCCGCGACUUGAAGACCAAUGCACAGUAUUUUGGUCUGACCUACGUAGAGGAAGGCGUUGUUGCAUGUGCAGCUUUCAAGGAUGAUAGAAUUGACCUUGUCUGUAUUCAAGAUGAUCUGAUGGAAGUAGGAAUUCUGGUCAGUGAUUGCAAAGGCCCUGAACUUGUUGCCAGUUUGGGGGCCACUAAUAGUAUUGUAUUUGUUGAACGCACGCAAGAUAUUUGCAUCCGUCUGGUGUGUGUCAGCACUGAAGGAACUCAGCUAUUUGCGAAUGACCUCGACUCUGAGCCAAGCGAUGUGUGGAAUGUGGCAUGCAUUGGAGAUCGAAUCGUCUGCAGCAGCAAACGUGACAAUAAGCUGAAACUUUACUCGAGAAACGGGAAUUUCCUGGCAGAUCUGACCUCACCUGGAGGCACGCUGAAGAAACCAUUUGCUCUGGCUUUCAGUGACUCUGGGAACUUGUAUGUGGCGAAUGAUGGUGCAUGGGAUGAGGAGUUCAAGCACAAUGUCACGACGGAAAUUAAUGUGUUUGGCUUUUCAUGAAGGUAGUUCUGAUUUCUUUGUUCUGUGGUGUGGUGCUUCUGGAUGGUGAAUACAAGUGCUAUGUAAUUACAGAGAUAUAUGUGCUUGCCUUUUCAUGAAAUUGGUUUAAUUGCUUUUCAGAGUUCAUUGUUGAAUUUGAUAAAUUUGAUUGUUGGUGUUCAAUUUGUUAUGAUGUUUUUGUCACUUUUUUACUUUAGUUUGAAAUGGCUUCUUUUGAAGUUUGGGUGGGGAGUAGAAUGAACAGUGCUUGAUAUUUACGAAUUUGAUGGACAUUAUAUUUCAUAAGAAUGUGAAUCUGAUCUGUGUUGAAAGUGUGUAUCAUAUUAUUGACAGUUGGAUCUAUACAAAUGUUGGAAUUAUCCUCCUCAAUGAAUGUACUUCAACUGGUACUGAUUUUACUUUAUUGUGUUAAUUUGCUGCACACUAUGUGUUGAAGUUCUGUUGUUUAAAGCGUACGGUCCAUUGUUUUAUUUUUUGCUCAUUUUAUAUUAGUGUGAUGCAAGAAUAAGAGGAACAAGUUCAAAACUUGAUGUUUGUUUAGCAGAUUUUCUUUUCAUUCAAAUUUUCCAUGCUGUCAUUCAUACUGUUCCAUUUGUUAUCUUUAUUUUUCAUUGUAAAAAUUGUUUGUGUUGACAUAUUGACAUUCAUGUGACACUUAUUUCAGUACACCCUUUCACUUCAUCUUUUUCAAGAGCUUGCUGACACUCUCUAUUUUAGUUUUCAGUUUGGCUGGGGGGUUUUUGGGGGUUUUUUUUAGGGGGGAGAGGUGACAUAUUUUGCAAUGAGUGUACUUGGCUAGCUUAAAGUUCACGGAUAUUAGUUUUCCCCCCUCCCCAAUUUUCUCAGAAGCACUUUGAAAAGCUUAUUGUCUUUAAACUGACUGGCCAGCUUGGGAUGAGAUCUGCCUUCUGGGGAUAAAGCCCAGUUUAGAAUAAUGCUCUUGUCAUUCUUUUUUCUUUAUGUAGUACUUCAUGUAUUACUCACUUUUCAAUCUCACUGUUGAAUCAUCAGAAGACUACUAUAUGUCACCCGACAUUGCAGGUCAGAUCUUUUGUUUGUGCACAGAAUGCGACUGACCCUAUUUGACUUUCGGGUUGAGUUUUGUGAAGCAAAACAGAGGUCUAUUUGAUCUUGUGUGCUCUGGCUAGUGCUGUUUCAGGAUGCAUCCUGGUCUUAUCUGAUCUUGCAGAUCAAGUCUAUUUGACUAAUAUGCACCCUGCCUUGGCAAUAUUUGCUAUGGUUGAAGUAUAGAUGUGAUUCGGCCCCAUGGUAUGUAAUUGGGUGGUUGGAUGACUGAGGACAAACCUACUGUCUUAACUCUGUCUCUCGCACACCUAGUUAUCUUGUCUUCAUAACUCUACUUUAUGUCGUCUUGGAGGAUGUACAUCAGACAUCUUUUCUUAUGCUUUAAAUACUGUACCCAUCUCAUGAUGCUUAACACAGGAACUUAUUAUGAAUAUAUUAGAGCCAUCUAUGAACUUAUCUUGCCUUUUACUUUCUUCCUUUGGUGUCUGUGGUGUAGUGGCUAAUUGUUUGAGCAUCACAAUCAGAAGUUACAAGUUUGACACCAGUGUGUGGAGGUUUUUUUUUUUAGGAUCUCUGUCUGUCUGCUGGGGCAUUGUAUUAUUACUCUCAGCCCAGGAUGCCCUUGAAAGGCAGGGUCAAAGCAGCCAGCCUUCUUAAUGAUCAAAAUUUUGUCGAUGGGGGAGUAAAACAUCAACAGCUAUAAUUAUAAGUACUUUUUUGUCUCUCUGAUUGUGUCUGACUGUGAAUCUUUCAGAUAGAUUCCAGAGACUAGAAAUUUUAGAAGUUCCUAUUGGUUUUUUAAAAUAUUUUUUUAUAUAAUUUUUUUUUUUAAAGUUCACAUGACGACUAUGAACUUGGUACAUAUUGUAUGUUUUGCAUGAUUUUAUCUGUUAUUAUGUUCAUUAUUUCGUUGUCCUAAAAGUUGUUAUGAUUUAUUGCAUGUUGCAACUUGCUAUCUUGUCUCUGUGUAUUGUAUCUCUGACUUUUCUCUGUGCUUGACUUUUCACUGCCAGUGCUACUUUUUGCUUGGAAAACUCAAGGCUGCUUGAUGUUAGCAGCUGUUUGUAUUUGAAAAGAAUAUUGUCUGGCACUACCAGUUUUGCAUCAUUUUGUAGCUCGACAAGUGGUCGGCACCUAAUUGUGUGAAUAGGGUAUCAGGUAUUAUUCUCUAUGUGAGUUUUUCUACUGUAUAAUGUUUGAGCAUUUCUGCAGUUACUUGUGGAGACCUCUGGUAUUCUCUAUGUCAUGUAACAAUGUAUUAAGUGUCAUGUCAUUCUAUGGUUAGUUGACAAAAUGAACAACGUUGACAGAGCAACCUUCCUGGCUUGGACUGCCGCCAGUGAGUGUAGCGAUUUGGCGCUUUGCCUUCACAGGCAGAAGGCUUAUUUUCAGUUCUCAUGUGGGGAGAUUUUUUAUCGAGUAUCUUUGUCUCUCUGCAAAGGCGUUGUGCGUUGUAUCCCUCUCAGCCCACAUCGCCCCUGACAGGCAGAUUCGAAGCUACCCACUUCCUAUAUGAUAUGUUUUGUUGAUGGAUGCCCAAAACAUCUACAACAACUGUGUGUCUAGCAAUAUCAUAUAUGGGGCAGUUAGUCCUGAGGUGGCUGUGUUCCUAAAUUGCUACUUAUGUCGUCUCAUUGACACUUGUCUUUUUUUUUUUUUUUUUCCAUUGGUCUCUCUUGAUCUAACGUAUUCUGUGUGUUCGGUGGUUCACAUUGUAAACUGCCUUCAGAGUGAAGAGCAGGUAUUCUAAUCCAUAUCUAUGUAGCAUGUCUUCAAACUAACUCCUUCUCUUUCUUGCUUUAAAAAUGUACUCUUUCCUGGUUGAAGUUUUGGAUCGCUUUCUCCAAGUGAUGAAUACGGAUUGUCUGUAUAAGCUGCUGGGUGACAUGCUUUUGAUUCAUAUCUAAGUUUGUGAAAAUUUCCCGCUCAGUGAGAUCAAGCAGCGUGUUAUGGAAGGUUUAAAGCAGUACAUGUAUUUUGUUCCUCUUCCUUUUAACCUUUACAUGUUUCUGAGUUUUGAGUAUUUAAUCCACAGUUUGGCUUGACCAAUGGUCAAAGCAUCAUGCUUUCUUUGUGUUUCUGUGGUAUUUUAUUAACCAUUGCUACUGGUAUGUAGUUGACUUAAAAGGUUUUGAACUCUAAACAUUCACUCUAGAUGAAAAGCCUACCUCUCGUUUUUUUUUUCCACUACAUUAGAUGUCUCUUGUCUUGUGUUCUAACCACACAUGGUUUUCCUUUUUCUGUAUCCUGAGUCGCUUGCUCUGGAUCCUGUUACUCUUGUGAAAAUGAAGACAGAUUUUUUUUCCCCCUCGUCCACUAAAUGUGCUUUAAAACGAUAGCAUCAAAUUCGAUGUUUUGUUUCGUGUUUACUUUUUUAUUCUUUCUUUGUGUUCAUUUUCUGUUAAUUCUGACAAGCUUAUGAAAGCACAUGCAUAACACCUUCAUCUUUGUUCGCUCAAAACUGUUAUUUUAUUUGGUUUCGGUAUUAUUUGGGGGGUUUUUCCCUGUCAAGGUCAUGAACACAUUUUGGCAUAACAAGAAAUAAUAAUAAUUUUUACAUUUUCCAGUGAAACUUACCUGUAUGUCAGCCUGGAACCAUGUUACUGAAAUGAAAAAGGCAUUAUUUUUUGUAAACUGUUCAGCCUUUUAUAUCUCUUGCUAUUUUUUUUUUCAAAAGUAUUAUAAUUAUAAUGUAGAGAAGUAAAGCUAAAGAUGUUUUUUUUCAAUGAUUAGUAUAGUUGGAUGAUUGUGGUAAGUCACUUGUAGACUUGUAAUUGUAAAGAGUAACAGUAAACAUAUGAGCCAUUCUUGUCUUUCCAUUUGUGGAGAUUUAGACUUGUGUCAGUAUACCUGCCUGAUGGUAAGACGAACUCUGCUUACCAGUGCAAAUUUACUUGAUACAGAGCUUAAGAGUGGUGUUUUCCCUUUUACAUUAAGACAAAUUCAAACAUAGGAAGCCCCUAGGUGUUUCGUUGGGGAGGGGGGGGGGGGGGGAGGGUGAAGACAGGAGGAGAGAAAGGUAUUAAAAUUUUGUUCAGGGAGUGAAAUGCAUGUCACUAAAUUUUUUUUAAAGAGUUGAAAAGGAUUACCCCCAUUAGGCUUUAAAAAAGGUGAUUACGUGAUUUGAAUUUCAUUUUUUCACAAUACUAAAUGUAAAGGCAUCGCUGAUGAUAUAGAAAUCGUGUGUCUCGUAUGGCCUUUUUUAUUCUUAUGGCUUAGAGGAUGCCGGUCGCUCAGUUUAUAUCAUUAUUAUAGACUGGUGCGGAUUCUUAGGUUGAAUCUAGUUUUGAGGAGUUCUUGAAUUUGUAGUUGUGUAGAUACUGUAGUUUUUCUAGGCUUACCACGCUCCUGGCUCAUUUGUAUGAAAGUUUCAAAGAUAGAAGUUAAAUCCAGCAAUCCUGUAUCUUAAGUGACAUUGCAGCAUUUCGAGGAAUGUUAUACUCACAUGGUACUUUGCUUUGAUAGUUCCAGCAUUUUUUAUGGUAGAUUAGCAUUCUGCUCUCUCUGUUAAAUUUAUUAUUGGUUGUGACCAUAACUUAAACAGUCAUGAGAAUGAAUCUUGUCUAAUACACUUCUGAUUUUGUCUUCUGCGUAUGAGAGAAAAGGAAGGACAAUGUAUGUGUUAAUUACAAAAGUUGUUGAAUUUUUCUCUGUGCAAGUAGGCUACAAAUUCUGACUUAGUGGAGUAUGAUGAGCAUUGUUUGUAAUUAAGGCAGAUGCUGUCAGAGGUUAAUACCUGUUUGUAAAACGUAUGCAAGGAAAGCUACAAUUUUUUUAGAUUGAAAAAUAUGGGUAAUUUAAAUAUUUGUUUGUUUUGGGUUGGGUUUUUUUCAUCAGAUUUGAUAUGAAACCCAAAGUGAAAUCUGUAACUACAUUGGAGAUAUAUGGAAUCUGCAUUAAAGAAAUAAGUAGGAGAUUUUAAAUUCAAAAUUGUUAUUGUGUUACAUUCCAUGUGCUUCAUGAGUGGUUCUGAAUAAAGUUUUGAAAAGUAA